AUGUCUAAUGGUAUACUAGUUUUAUAUGCUGCAGAUUAUCGGUCAUUCCAUAUAAACUGUGGCGGACAAGAUGUAAAGAACGGGAAAAUCUUGUAUGAAGGUGAUCAAGAUAGUGGAAGUAAUGCUGCUGCAAGGUGUUAUAAUAGAUCAGGAUCAAACUGGGGAUUCAGCAGCACAGGAGAUUUCAUGGAUGAUGAAAAUUUCUAUGAUAACAGAUAUACGCUUCAAUCAAAUUCUAAUAUUUCUCUAGUUGACUUUGGAUUGUAUGCAACAGGAAUACAAGUGCAAAAAGAUUUUAACUUUACAGAGGAAGCCAAAGGAUCUAACAGAAAUUUCACAAUAGCAUUCAACACCACUGUGACAGACCGUACCCUGGAGAUCCGAUUAUACUGGGCUGGAAAAGGCACUACUAGCAUUCCAAGAAGAGGAAAUUAUGGUCCUAUAAUUUCUGCUAUAUCCGCUACAGAACUUAUUGUGAAGGUGAGAAUUGAACUGUGCUAUAGUGGUCGGGUGUCUUUACAGCGUUAA